GUAUGCGCACUGAUACACACAGCGGCUACACGAGACGCGAUUCCAGGCGCGAAAGGCAACGCCGCCGCCACGGAAUCUAGGCUGCGCAUCGGCUUUUAUUCGCGACCGAAAUGAUUUCCUUUUAGCCCGGUUUCAGGCGGUGGCUAACGCGCGCACCGCGAAGUUGCACGGAGGAGAUGGCCGCGCAGUGGAGCAAGCUCCGCAGCGGGCGCAGCAGCUCCCCCACCCCGAGCGCCACCAAUGGACCUGGUCCGGCAUGUGGACGGCGCCAUCUCAUUGGAUGACGAGAGUUCUCCCGUCGUAUGUGCUGGAACGCUGCGAGCCGAGGUCGGUCCCGCUUCGGAAACGGGCUGUUCUAUGCAAAAUCACCUCUUCCGAGAUCGAAAACUAUCGCCUGAGCAUCGUGAGACCAACGGGGAUGCGACGGGACGCUCGUGAAGCAUGCUCGGAGGGAUUUUCAGCGAGUCCCGCGACCGCUUUGGCCGUUUGAUGAAGUACGCCGCCGAAUGGAAGCCGUAAAAGCACGACUGGAGAUGGACCACGAGGAGGAAGAAGAUGUGGACGAUCCACAGCAGGACAGCGGAUCAGGACACAGCACUGAGAGCGAGGAAGUCACUGACCAGUCCUCCUCUGGCUCUCCCAGCAGCACAGGAUCUCCCAAGCAUGAGAAUGAAAUGGGUCAAAUCUCCCAGGACAACUCAAAUACGGAUGACAACACGGACGUAGAAGAGCCACAGAGCGAGAUCCGUGAUGGUGAGUUCCAGUUCCAAGUCCAGAGCUUCCAUAUUGUGACUGUGAAUGCCCGUCAAGGGAAGAAGCAGUUCAAGUGUGACGUCUGCACAGGAACCUACCAGCAUGCUUUCAGCCUCAAGAGACACUUUCUCAGAACGCACGUUAACUACAAGUACCUGUCAGAAGCAGACAUCACAAACUGUAAUAUCAAUCUUAAUCUUGUGCGUCAGCUUCGGGAAGAAAGUGAAUCCUUGGCUUCAGGUGAAUCCAAGUUCUUAGGGUUGUAUCGUUGCCACCUGUGUUCCACUCUUUUUGAUUUACGAGAUGAACUUAAAGCACACGUGAGCAGCCAUGUUGAUGAUAAUGGCCAGAAGGCUUUCAGUUGUAGCCAGUGUGAAAUGACAUUCUCUCACCGUCAGAACCUUGUUCGCCACCAGUCCGUCCAUUCAGGGGAGAAGCAGUUCUUCUGCAAGCAUUGUGACAAGAGCUUCCCGUCGCUAGCAAACCGACGGCGCCACGAAAAGAUUCACGAGGGCUCGGACUUGCCCUUUCCUUGUUCAUUUUGUGCAGCUUCAUUUGCCCAUGAUGUGCACCUUCGGAAGCAUCUCAGGAAUCACCACCCCGAAUGCUACUACCCAUGUGAGUUGUGUUCCAAGUUUUUUCUGGAGGAAGGGCAAUUAAAGAAGCACAGGGCCACACAUCGAGCUCCCGUUGAGGGAACGCCAUCAAAAGGAUGCAAACCACCCGAUGCGCAUGUCUUUGGGCGAAAGCGUGUGAAAGGCUUUGAGCCUGAAAACAAGUACCUCUGCAGCAUCUGUAAGCGUAGGUUCACAACAUUUAUAAGUUUACGCCAACAUAAAAAAUCUGCCCAUGCAGCAGUGCAGCAAGAAAAAAAGACGCGUUCUCUGCAGCCACGAAAGGAGCCAAUAUCUGUCCGAUCUCGUUCAGCGAAACCAGCUACAAAGGAAAUGUCUGAGGAACAAUUCUACAUGACAAUUGCUCAUCGCAUCUCUGAAAACCUGCUCUACCACCUGGAUGGCACGUCUACACAGCUCAACAUAAAGCAGGACCCCUGUGCCUUUCCUGAGGAGAAGAGUGAGAGGGCAAAUGUUCAGUACAGCAUUCAUAACUUCCCUGCUGCUUUUGAUAUCACUCAAAUGAUGCAGAUUUACUCAAACCGAGCUCCAUCCAGCAACCAAGGAAUGUCCAAUGAUGGCUCAGACAACAGUGAAGAAACAGAGUGCAUCUUUCUUGGAGGAUCACAGCAGGACCACAUCUGGCCUCACAAGAGCAAUGGUGUUGCUAAUUUUAGGUCGCAGAAUGCCGGUGAGAAUGUGAUAGGACACAACAUCCCGGUGACCUUUAUAUGCUCAGUAUGUGCAGCAAAAUUUAGUUCGAGGAAGGCCAUUGAUGAACAUAAGAUCAACAAUCACCCAAAUGUUGUUUGCACUCAUGUGGAAAUAGAAGGAGAAAAAGAAGUGCCCCCGGAAUUGUGCUGGACUUUCACAAGUCCUGUUGGGUUCCUUCAGAGCAACUCGGCUGCAAUGAGAGCUGAUUCAGUACCAGCACCGGUCAACCUGGUGUGCACCAAGUGCAGCUCAAGCUUCACCUCUCGCAUUGACCUCCACCAGCACAUUUUGGACUGUGGUACCAACUCGGGUUUUCAGAAGCAGCUAACCAGAGGUCACAGUGUGCAUAGCCGCCUUGGAUGCUCUGCAAGGCAGCUUAGCGUGACUAGCAGAGAAGGCCAUGUGAAAGGAAAAAAGAGGCCACACUUGUCUGAGAGUCCCUUAGCCGAGGCUAAGCGUGCUAAGGCAAGGGUCUCUUCACCUCAGAACGAUGAGCAAGCCCUAGAUUUGAAAAUGCAUUCUGAAAGCACUUGUGCCGAACAAGUCACCGAGGAGGCAGUUAUGGAAGAGCAGGAAGAGGCAGUCGAGCAAGUUGAAAUUUCAGAGCACGCAGAAAACACAAAUGACCAUGUUUCUGUUUCACAAGACACAGGAGACAAAUGUGACGCAACUGCACUUGGCACGACUGUUGAAGACACUGAUGAAAAAAUGGAAGAAUUGGACAUCGGUGUUGUGCAUUUGGACGCAGCUCUUGUGCAGAGCCCUGAUAAUAAGCAACAAUCUAGUCCCGAAGAAUUAGUUUGCAAUUUAACCAGCAACCACACACACGAGGCUCUGCUAGCUGCAGAAAAGAUAGAUGACAUGCCUCCUAGUGUACCUGAAACGUCUCUUAAAGACGUCUUGCCACAGCCUCAAGAAGACUCAUGCGAAGAGGUUAAAGCUGAAAGUGAUCAGUUUGAAUUUGCAGAGAUUGAGCAGGCACCAUCACCCAUAUUUGGCGAGGGCAGAAGAGUCCUGAGAAGCAAGACUGCAGCAGCCAGCAAUGCCACUGGUGGUGCUUCGUCUGCUGUGGUCAACUCUCACACAUGCAGCACCUGCAAGCGAAGCUUCACAUAUCUGGCCAGCUUAAAGAAGCACCUCAGAGAUAUUUGUCCCAACAAGAAAGUGGCUGGGCAAAAGGUUGUAAAACGGAGGAAAGCUGGGAAGUUCUCCAAAAAGGAAGGUUCAUCAAGUGAGACUCAAAUAUGCGCGGAGCCUGUGCAGGACAGCGCAGAAGUUAAGAAGGAAAAUUCUGAAACUGCCAGUUCCUGCUUGUCAAGUUCUGUUACCUUCCCUGAAGAAGCAGAUACAAGUGGCCUUGAACUUCUUGCCAACGCUUCCAGUAUGGCAGCGCCCAACUGCUCCGGUGGGGCAUCUUGGUCUCCCAGCAGCUGUCCUGUAAAUCAGCCAACAAGCACUGUGCAGACGAAAGAAGUUGAAAGUAAAGCGCUGGCUGCACCGGCCCGCAGGCUUAGAGGAAAAGAGCGUGCGGAUGAUGAAGACGUUGACCGUAAGCCAGACAUCCGACCCCACUCGCAGGAGCAUACGUGCCCUUACUGUCUUCACUCGUUUGCCUACCUUUCUAACUACCGAAAGCACCUCCGCGAAGUGUGUCUCCUAAAGAAGAAAGCCAAGCAGAAUGGAGAUGGCAGUGAGCCUUCCCUGUUUAGCACCAAGACAUCAGAUGAGUCUCGUUCUCUUGUGGACAGAGCUGAUGGCCCUUCCACAGUUACUAUGUCUUUCAAGGGGCGCAUUGAAAAUUCAGUCAUCAACCUGCUUAGGAAUCAAUCGAAGCAGGUCGAACUCAUUGGGGCUCAGGCAGCUGCAGUCAAGGAUCAACCUGGUGGAGCCAAUCAUCCCUCGCCUAACUUUAUGACCUUCUCAUGCCCAGUGUGCCACAAGAUCUUCCUCUCCUACGUCAAGAUGCUACAACACCGCCUUUCACACAAGCUCCAAACAGAUGAGUCAUUGGUAAAGGAAGAGAAGACUGAUGUUCCCGAAGCAGCGGAUGCUCAUGAUGCGGAAACGUCGUCUGCUGCUGAUGACGCAGGGCAGGUUUCGGAUGGCGUUCGACGAGCAGAUUGCACUCACUCUCCCGCCGUGAAAACAGACGAGGAUCAGCGCUUUGAUGAGAUUCUUAUGCGUGUGCGGGGCAGUGACGCCGUUGUAAAUGAUGCCCUUCAGGAGGAACUCAAGAGGGAAGAGCACAACUAUGCGGUUUCUCUUGCUGAGCUGGACAGUCUUCCCGACGAAGACGAUGGUGAGGAUGUGGCUGAAGCAGAGGCAACCAAGGAGUCUCCCGUUGAAGUGGCACCUUCAGAAGCCAGUGCUGAAACAACCAGGGCAGCAAAGAAAACUGGUGCUGGCAAGAAGAGUCCAGUAAGUGACAGCAGGGCACCUGCCAAAGACAAGGUGCGGCGGGGAAUGCGAAGACACUCUGGCAGGGCAUCAAAGACAGCGUGCCGGGACAAGCAAGAGCACAGGGCAUCAGGUUCGAGCCUGAUGAGCACUGGCCAGGUCCAAAUCAAACUUCUAGUCCUAGACGAUGAACCACAGCGCGACUUCCCAAACAGGGACAAAAGGAAGGUUCGUCGUGGAAACAGAACCACGCGCGGAGAGUUCUUGCUUAACGAAACGCGUACGAGUGGGCCUUUAACAAACACUUCCAGCAUGGAACAAGCACCUCCUAGUGGAACGGCUAGCGGUAGUACUUCAGAUCAGGCAGUGAACAGCCUUGAGCCGAACGAACUCGAAAGUGAGAAUCCAGCUGCAGCACCACGUGACCCAUCCGAAGGACAAAAAGCACCUCAAGUCCCUGCGCGCAGUGGUCGCCAUAACCACGAGAUCAAACGCAACGCACAGGAGCACACCUGUCCGUACUGCCUUCACCCGUUUGUGCACCUCUCCAACUACCGAAAGCACAUCCGCGAAGCAUGCCUCUUGAAGAAGAAGAAGAACAAGCGAAUCGGAGACUGCAACGAAGCCGUGAUUAGUACGAGGACACCUGGUGCAGAUGAUUCUCGUUCUGUUGAGAGAGCAGAUUGCUCUUCCGCAACGAAUGUGUCCCUUAAAGAACCGGUUGAGAAUUCAGUCAUCAACAUGCUUAGAAACCAGUCGAAACAAGUUGAACUGAUUGGGGCCCAGGCUGCUGCAGUCAAAGAUCAACCCAGUGGGGCCACCAACCAAUCUCCACCGAAUUUCAUGACUUUCUCGUGCACAGUGUGCCACAAGAUUUUCCUCUCCUACGUUAAGAUGCUACAACACCGCCUUUCACACAAGCUUCAGACAGACGAGCCACCGGAGAAGACGGAUGUGCCCGAUGCAGCAGUUGACGUAGAGGUGUCUUCAGCAGUCACAGCCAGACACAGUAUUGAUCGUGCGCCUGCAGUACAGACAGAGGAGAAGUGCCUCAACAAUGUUCUUAUGGGUACGCAAGACCGCGAAGGUGUCGAGAGCUCAGUUCAGGAGGAACUUGGGAGCGAAGAUCCAAACUGCAUCAUAACUCUAGCUGAGCUAGACAGUCUUCCUGAUGAUGACGACGAUGAUGAUGAAGGCGAUUCUUCCAGCCUUCUUGAAAAGGAGUCUUCGCAGAUCAGCCCUCAAAAUAAAACAAAGGCAGCUCGUGUAAUAAGGAAGCGUAGUGCAGUCAAGAGGAGGCCAAGAAACGAGCGCACUUCAUCCAAGGACACAGCGCAACGCAAAAUUUCUGGCAGAGCAUUGAAAACCACUUCCCGGUGCCAGCAUUAAUGAUGCUGAAGGAAGGUGGUUCUGUUUUUGGCUAUGUGUAUUUUUAAACUUGAUAACUCGUGGAUGUGUUUGGUGUGGCCAUAUGUUGAUUGCUACGUGCCCAAGCAGUACGUCCCCAACUGCAAUGUAAUAUCUGUUAGUUGUUGAGGGAUACUUUUUGGACCCUUACUUGCUGGACUAGUGCUAUGAUGCUGCUGAACCAGUGGUGUAUGUAUUGCUGUGAAAUGGAUGGGGCAUUUGUACAAAUCACAGUUUGUGUUAGAUUCUUCCUCACAAAAUGGGAAAUGUUUUUCUGUCGGGAAAUGUUAGUGAGUGAAAACAAUUUCACUUGGGUUUCUUUGUGUUCCCCAUUUCAAUACUGUUUCCUGCUUAAAGGGACACUAAAGUGUAUAAUUUAGUCAGUAGUGCAAAGAUGGCGAAGCAAGACGGGACACAGUGCCUGUCUCGCUUUCGCCAUCCAUGUGAUUCUUUGCGCUACUGCCUGAAUUAUAUACGCCCCACUGGCCCAUCUGUCUGUCCUUUUGAACUAAAGUGAAGCACUAAAUCACUUUAUACUAAAAGGUUAUUUCUUGAGAAACUCUAUUCUUGUUAAUUUUGCGAUCAUAGGUACAUUAUUAGAAGAUUGAAUGAAUUUCAAAGCUUCACUUUUGAAUUUUGCACCAAAACGUGAAUGUCUUUGGGUUGUCGAAACGAAA